AUGGAUUUCAAAGUUUCAUACGAGCAAUUCAUUCAAAAUGUGAAGUACCAGUUAAUAAGAAUCGAGAAGAACAUUGAGAAGGAAGUUUCCGAGUGGGAAAUUAAACUUGCCCCAUCAGAUCGAGUUAGCGUCAAAGCGAAUGUGCUCGAUAGCAAGGGUACAACAUUUAAGGAUCACGAAUGUAAACUGGAAUCUAAAAUCGUCGAAUUUGAACAAAGAGUUGUAAAGCUUGAAAAGGAGAAGGAUCGCAUGAAAUUAGACAUACUGAAUCUCAAGCAAGAAAAAAGCGUAUUAUCGAAUAAGCUGAAUCAUUUUCAAGAGCUAAAACUAUUCGAACAUAGAUUGAAUAAAACUCUAGAACGAAAAAUUCGUAAUAAGACUGAUUUAAAGGCACAAGUUUCUAAUAAUUUACAAGAGAUUGGUCGAUUGGAGAAACAGCUCAAAAAUGAGAAAAAUUUCCACUCAGCUAUCGAGAAGGAGAAAAAAUCGCUGGAGAGAAAAAUCGAAGAGCUACAGAGACAAACCACCGAGUCGAAUAAAGCAAAUCCCCAAAACUUAAAGCCUCUUAAAGCCAAAAAGAUGAUGAAGAAGAAGAAAGCAAACCAGGAAAAUAUUUAUAAGUGUAAAUCCAGGCUGAAAGAGAGUAAAACGAAACUAAAAUAUGCAGACCGUGAAAAUUCCCAAUUGGCUGAAAAAAACUUUUUGUUGGUAGAAAGCAACCGGAAAACAUCUGAAGAGAUAAAAAAACUGCGAACAUCGUUUCAGGUAGUCGAGGAUGCCCUCAAGCAAGAGAAAAAGAAAACCCAGGAAGUAAUCACGCUACUGCAAAAAUGGAAGGAAAAAUUUCACGAACUGGAAGAAAAAAUUCAAACGACAGUGCAAAACCAGGCUGCAUAUGAAUUUCCAAUGGUAACGGCGAUACAAUGUAUCCCGGAAUUCCAUGGCAAAUCAGAAGAGUUGCAGCCUUUGAUGCAGAUUGAUUAUUUUUCAAAUGCCUUUCCUGAAAAUGCUGACCAACAACCACUACUAAAUGUAGUAUAUACAAAACUAAAAGGCGAGGCUCUCAUGCGUCUUCAUGAUAUACAAGGCGACACAUGGGUCAAUGUGAAACAAAAUUUAAAAAAUGGUUUUCAAUUACAAAAAUGUAUUGGAGCAAUUAUCAAGGAGAUUGAAACACUAAAACAAAGCAGUCACGAAUCUUAUAACGAAUACAAAAUUCACGCUAAAGAAUUAUAUAGGUUCGUAAGCGCUCUGCCGGAACACGGAAAUGAGUCGUAUGCGAACACUGUUUUGAGGAAGCAUUUUUUAGCGGGUCUCAGAAGUAGAGCUUUAGCCUUGACAGGAAAAUCACAACGGGAUAAAACAUUCCCUAAAUUACUUGACUGGCUUCAGAAAGAAAUCGAUGAGGAGGAAGAACUACGCGAGAUCCACAACAGACUGCAGUCAACAAGGAUGAGAACAUCGCAACAACAACAGAGUAAUUACAAUAGAAGCACACAAGCCAACAACUACAACUACAAUCGUAAUAACAAAAACAACAGAAGAGGAAAUAAUAACGAUUAUAGAGAACAACGCAACAAUUAUCGAGGAAAUAACAAUAACUACAGAGGGAAUAAGAGCAAUUAUCGAAGAAAUAAUAUCAAUUUUGGAAAAAAUUACAACAAUUAUCAAGGAACUCGAAACUUCGAUAACAAUAACGGCUAUAAUAAUAACAACAAUUCCAAUCCCAACGAAAACUAUAGGGAAAAUAAUAGAAACGGGGGUUAUUACAAAAAUAACAACAAUAAUUAUAGGCGACAUAAGGAUAACCAGAAUAGCUAA